UAGUCGUUAGAACGUGGUUCGGAGAUGUGGGUCCCACCAGCCGGUCUUUGACCUUUGAUAAUAAUCUCCUCCCUCCUCCAUCAUCGCCUAUCAGUCUCUUUCCCCGCGUUUGGUUUCCAAGAAAGCCCAGGAAAAUAAAUCCAAAUGAACUCCCAUUUUCACGCCUCCACUUUCCCACGGUUUCUUCCCAACCAAACACACUAUUUCUGAGCUUCAGCACUUCUUUUCUCUCGACGCUUCAAUCGGGUUUCGAAAUGAGAAGAGAGAGAGUUGGCGCUUAUUGCCCUUCCCCUGCUCCCACAUUCGUGGUUCUCAUUAUACUAUUGGUGGGUUCGGUGCAGUUCGUACAGUGCCAGAACGUGGAUGACUACAGCGAGUUUGAUAAUCCCGAGCUUCUUCCGUUGUUCACACAGCUCGUCUAUGGUCAGAUUUCCAAUAUGACUACAAUGCUGAGUGCGGAGUUUCAGAAUCGCUCCAGUUUCUGCGUUAAGGAUCCGGACGCUGAUUGGAACCAGGCUUUUAAUUAUUCAUUUAAUUUGGACUUCUUGGCUUCUUGCAUCCAGAAAACUAAAGGAGAUAUUACCCGGCGAUUGUGCACAUCUGCAGAAACAAAGUUCUACUUCAGUAAUUUCUUUUUGAAAUCAGAGAGUAGCAAUUAUUUGAGACCUAACAAGAAUUGUAACUUGACUACGUGGGUUUCUGGCUGUGAGCCUGGAUGGGCUUGUAGUGUUGGUCAAAAUCAGCAGGUUAACCUUAAAAAUUCACAGAACAUUCCUACCAGAACUCAUGAUUGUCAGGCUUGUUGUGAGGGUUUCUUCUGCCCUCGUGGUAUCACUUGCAUGAUACCGUGUCCAUUGGGUUCUUACUGCCCACUUGCAAGGGUCAAUAAAACGACUGGUGUAUGUGAACCAUACCUUUAUCAACUACCUCCUGGACAGCCAAACCAUACCUGUGGUGGAGCAAAUAUUUGGGCUGAUGUUGGUAGUAGUGGUGAGGUUUUCUGUUCAAGUGGAUCAUAUUGUCCUACAACCACCCAAAAAAUUCCCUGCAGUGACGGGCAUUAUUGCAGGAUGGGUUCUACAUCUGAGAAAAGGUGCUUCAAGUUGGCUUCAUGUAAUCCAAACACUGCAAAUCAAAACAUUCAUGCAUAUGGAGCUAUGCUUAUAGCUGCUUUGAGCACUCUACUGCUCAUUAUUUAUAACUGUUCUGGCCAAGUACUAACAACUCGGGAAAGGAGACAGGCCAAAACCAGGGAAGCAGCAGCAAGAAGUGCAAGGGAGACAACACGAGCACGUGAAAAGUGGAAAGCUGCAAAAGAUGCUGCCAAGAGACGUGCAGUUGGAUUGCAAGCUCAUCUGUCUCGCACAUUUUCUCGUAAAAAAUAUGUCACUAAUUCUGAGGAACUUAGGAUUUUGGGUCAGGAUAAACCUGUGACAGAUGAUGACAUAUUAUCACCUAUGCACAUAAGUGCUUCAGGGGCAUCUCAGCUUUCAUCUGUGGCAGCAAAAGGAAAGGAAAAAGAACCUAGUGAGCUUGCAAAGAUGAUGCAUGUACUUGAUGAUGACCUUGAUAGUUUUGAACGUUUCAAUCUGGAGAAUGGAGAUAAAAAUAGUAAAAAGCAUAUGCCAAAGGGGAAAGAGAUACACACACAUAGCCAAAUUUUUAAGUACGCAUAUGCUCAACUUGAGAAAGAGAAAGCUCUGCAACAGGAAAACAAGGACCUUACCUUUUCAGGAGUAAUUUCAAUGGCUACUGAUACUAGAAUCAAGAAAAGGCCUCUAAUUGAGGUUGCUUUCAGGGAUCUAACCCUUACUUUGAAAGGGAAAAACAAACAUCUUUUGAGGUGUGUCACUGGAAAAAUUAUGCCUGGACGCAUUACUGCUGUCAUGGGUCCAUCUGGAGCUGGAAAAACAACAUUUAUUUCUGCUCUGGCUGGAAAGGCGAUUGGAUGUAGAAUGGCUGGUCUGAUUCUUAUAAAUGGAGUGAAUGAAUCAAUCCACUCAUACAAGAAAAUCAUGGGAUUUGUGCCACAAGAUGACAUUGUGCAUGGAAAUUUGACAGUGGAAGAAAAUCUCUGGUUCAGUGCAAGAUGCAGACUAUCCAUGGACUUGCCAAAGGCGGAAAAGGUUCUUGUCAUUGAAAGAGUUAUUGAGUCCUUGGGGCUACAGGCAGUGCGGGAUUCCUUGGUUGGAACAGUUGAGAAGCGAGGAAUCUCUGGAGGCCAGCGGAAGCGUGUAAAUGUUGGCCUGGAAAUGGUGAUGGAACCUUCACUUUUGAUCUUAGAUGAACCCACUUCUGGUUUGGACAGUUCAUCUUCUCAGCUACUUCUCAAAGCACUUCGUCGUGAAGCCCUUGAGGGGGUAAACAUCUGCAUGGUUGUUCACCAACCAAGCUUUGCCUUGUUCAAGAUGUUUGAAGAUUUAGUACUUCUAGCAAAAGGUGGUCUUACUGUGUAUCAUGGUCCAGUGAAGAAAGUUGAAGAGUACUUUGCUGGCCUUGGAAUCAAUGUCCCAGAGCGUGUUAAUCCUCCAGACCACUUCAUUGACAUUUUGGAGGGUCUGGUAAAACCAAGCACAAGCUCAGGUGUGAGUUAUAGUGACCUUCCUAUCAGAUGGAUGCUUCAUAAAGGAUAUCCAGUCCCCCCUGAUAUGCAAGAGAAUGCUGCUGGGCUUACUAUGCCCUCAAUGGGUGUAAAUCCAGUUAAUGGAACAAAUUCUGAUGGUGCUGGAACAGAGGAUAAGUCUUUUGCUGGAGAAUUAUGGCAGGAUGUGAAGUGUAAUGUGGAGCUACAUCGGGAUAAUAUUCGACACAACUUCUUGAAGUCAAACGACUUGUCCAAUCGGAGAACUCCUGGAGUUUUUCUGCAGUACAAAUACUUUCUUGGCAGGGUUGCUAAGCAACGACUAAGAGAAGCUAGAAUACAAGUAAUAGAUUAUCUGAUCUUAUUACUUGCUGGAGCCUGCCUAGGAUCAAUUGCUAAAGUGAGCGAUGAAACCUUUGGAGCACUUGGUUAUACUUAUACCAUCAUUGCAGUUUCUCUCCUAUGUAAAAUUGCGGCUUUGAGAUCAUUUUCUCUGGAGAAGUUACAGUACUGGAGAGAGAGUGCAUCUGGCAUUAGCAGUCUGGCUUAUUUUCUCUCCAAGGAUACAAUUGACCUUUUCAAUACAAUUAUCAAGCCUGUGGUGUAUCUCUCCAUGUUUUAUUUCUUCAAUAAUCCCAGAUCUUCUUUCUCUGAUAAUUACAUUGUUCUCAUCUGCCUUGUAUACUGUGUGACUGGAAUUGCCUAUAUGUUGGCCAUCUUCCUUGAACCUGGUCCAGCACAGCUGUGUUCAGUGCUUCUUCCUGUUGUUUUGACUCUUAUUGCAACUCGGACUGGAGAGAGUAAAAUUUUGAAGAAUUUAGCGAACUUUUGUUACCCAAAAUGGGCUUUAGAAGCAUUUGUGAUUGCAAAUGCUGAGAGGUACUAUGGAGUGUGGCUCAUAACUCGCUGUGGUUCGCUUUUGAAAAGUGGCUAUAAUCUUCACGAUUGGGAUCUUUGUAUAUUCAUCCUCAUCCUCAUAGGCAUAGUUUGUCGGGCCAUAGCUUUCACUGGCAUGGUGACUUUCCGAAGGAAGUGAGUUGAAGUAAUCAUUCUUUUGCCCAAUCUGUUGGUUUGAGAAGCUCAUUGCACGGCAAAUAGCACCAAAACAUGUACAAACAUUCUUUGUAGGUAGUGGGUUGGAACCCACAUGAAUGUUGUAUUGAAAUUGCAACCAAAACAUGUUGUAUCCUAGAGGAUUUUGUGGGCAGUAGUGAAAGUUGGUUGUCUUUUGAGGUUC